UAAUGCUCCUCUUCUCUUUGGCGGGCGCCCUCUAACUAUAUACCCUCCUGUCUUCUGAUCGCCUCGCCCUUUGCCGCCCUGCCUCGCUGUAUCCACGACGUGGUGCUCCCUCACCCCUUUCCCGCGGCGUUCUCCGUGGAACAGGAGAUUCCAUCAAUCUGGAAAUUAGUUCGGUUGCCGACUCGUCGAUCUUAUCUCUCGCACUCAUUUCCCCCCUCCCACACUAUCCAUCUCAGUCAAAAUGACUGACCACAGAAGGUCGACCACAUCGUCCUCUCACCUCUCUAUCCAUACAGGCACAAGUCGUCACUUGGUGCAUAGAGCAGCGUCGAGCGACUCAACCGUCCUAUUCAUCGAGCCGUCCGGCCUCGCUUCCGCAGAUGGUGGAUGUGACACUGGCGUCGCGGAGAGCUUUGUCCCUAAUAUCGAGACUGAUUUGUACGAGCAACUAGUAUCGCCGGAAGAGGAAAGGCUGCGAAUGAGGCAUCGAGGACCUGCUUUAACAUCGGAGACUGCUGAGGAAGAAGCCAUCGUCGAGGAUAGCCCUGAAGAAACCACAUCCCUCCUCAACAACGGGGACGAUGACGACGAUGACGAUUUCGAGUCGAGACCAUGGUACAGACGUCCUUCCCCUUGGUGGCUCAUUCCCACGUUGCUCGUAUCGUCUACUCUUACUUCCAUGACGCUAGCUCCGAAGGUAGAAGUCUACAAUAAGCUCGUCUGCGCUGAGCACCGACCCGAAUAUUCAUCGCACGAUCCUCCCAUUCUCAUUCCGGGUGCCCCGGAAGAAGAUGUUGUCGUUGGUCCGGGAGCCGGACCAGUUAUUCCCGCUCAUUUCGAUUUCGAAAACGCUGAGGACAGCGCCGUUCUACCGAACUUCCUCCAAGAACCAUAUAGGUGGAAGCCGGAGCCUCCAGACUGGACAAGGAAGGGGGCCAAAUCUCCAUCUGCAUUGUGUCGUGCUGAUCCACUUGUGCAAGCUGAAGUGGCCAAGAUAUCGACCGCAAUGACUACUCUGAUGGGUUUACUAGCUGUUCUCACCACGGGCUUCUGGUCUUCCAAGUCCGAUGUUUGGGGUCGUACACGGAUCCUAGCUCUUAGCAUUGCUGGGGUUCUAGUGACUGACGCCAACUUCUUGCUUGUUGCACAUGCGUCGGAAUACCUACCUGGAGGAUAUCGUUUUCUCAUUGUCGGGCCGGUGAUCGACGGGCUGGUUGGUGGCAUGCCCACUGCCACCGCGGCGGCUCAUGCCUAUGUUGGAGAUAGCACGCCUCCGGAGGCUCGUGGACGAAUGUUCUCACUAUACGCGGGCUUGAUUUUCACCGGCAUUGCAAUUGGACCAUCUCUAGGAUCCCUCCUCAUCAAGUACACUGACGAUCUUUUGUCCGUCUUCUACCUGACGACUCUCGGUCACAUUCUCUACGCCAUCGCUAUCACCCUCUUUAUUCCAGAGUCUCUUUCUUCAGGUGCUCAAAGGCGCAUAGCUAAGAGGAACGAAGUGCGGAGACGUGCCCAGCUCGAAGAAGAGGAAGAGAUAUCUCGACUUCGAGUCGGCCCUCGAGGGUACAUCAUAACGGCAUGGAGGUUCGCGAGGCCCCUGUUUGGCUUCCUUGCACCGCUGCAACUGUUCGCACCUACCAAGGUUAUACCCGGCCAGGUUGGGUACGCCAUCAACAAAUUCGACUGGAACUUGACGUUCAUGGCAACUUGCUAUGGCGUCGCCGGCCUUAUGAUUGGCUUAUACACGCUCAAGUUUCAGUAUGCACAGAAAGCCUUCGGUUGGGAUGCCCAGAAACUUGGGUACUGGUUGAGUCUGGUUGGAUGCGUCCGGGCAUUCCAUCUCGUCGUGAUAUUGCCGUUGCUGCUCAAGUUGCUACGUCCAAAGCCGGAGCAGCCCAUUUCCCUGCCUCUCGAGCCUUCUGAGCCACUUCAGUCCCCCGGCGAGGCUGAAAACGGGCGAUCGGUUCCACGCCAUCUGGUAGACAGCGUGUCUCGCGCAGUGCAGCCAGGUGCUGUCAAACACCGUCACAGCCCCCGUUUCGACCUACACGUCGCACGGGCCUCUCUCGGGAUCGAGCUUUUGUGCGAACUUGGUCAAGCGUCUGCACCCGGUCCCGCUAGCUGGACUGCCGCUACGUUGUUGGGCGCCUUUGGUGGCGGUUACAGCCCGGCUAUGCAAUCCCUCGCCUUGGGAUUGCUGAAGAAUGAAGACGAGACGGGACGUCUGUUUGGAGCGAUGAGCGUGAUGAGCGCACUGUGUACUCAAGUUAUGGGCCCAGCCCUUUUCGGGCUGAUGUUCGCUUACACCGUUGGCGUUUUUCCCAAAAUGGUCUUCGUCGCGGCUUGCGUUUGUGCCGGAACAGCCUUGAUCUGUCUUUUCUGCAUCCGUAUUCCCAAGCCCACCCCUCUCCCCGUGGUUAUCGUUGCCCCGCCCAGCGGCAGCGACCGUGGCCCCAUCGUACUGGAAGGAGAGCCGGCUCGCCGUAUCAUUGAAGGGGAACCAUGUCGGGGGAGGACAAUGAGUCGUGGUAACGGGAAAGCGAAGACAACGGGUUAGCACCCGUUUAUUGUACCUAUUACCUCAUCUCUAAAUUUUCUUAUCGUUUAUGAAUGUGCAUGUGUAUGAACAUGGUGCCUGGAAAGGGAAGAAACAAC